AACACAAGGCAAGUUUCAGCUUAUCUACGACAUCCUUUGUUUUAUAAGACAUUUUGGACAUCUCAGAUUACACUAAAGCCAAUAUACACCAAUGAAUUCUCCAGAACCAGGUUCCCCAAUAUCUUCAGAAUCGUCGGGCUCCCCACCACCUGAUGAGUAUCAAUUGACCCAACUCUUACGAGAGCAGCAGCAGCAAGUACAACUAGGUGCAACUGCUUCCCAAAUGUACAACAACCUAUCUGCAAUGCUUCCAGGGUCCAGCUCAUCAAAACGGCGCUUACCUGGUGGAUCUGGCUUUGGUGCAGCCUCUUCGCAUAGAGAUGCUAAGACAAGGAGGAGGGAGGACGCAAUGGGUAUACUCGGGGGAUCUAAAAGAUCCGGAACUGACCCUUCAAAUCCAAACAUUGGAGGCGGUGGCAUCGGUGCAAGUAACAGCAGUGUCGGCGGCGGCGGAUGGGCGCGAGGGGAGCACGGUGGGAGGAGGGACAAGGAAGAUUUUAUUGACAUUCCCUUGGCAGAGCAGUUGCGAAAAGAGUUUGGCGAUCCAUUCCAGGAGAGUUUCAUUAAAACCUUCAGCUAAAUACUCUGUUCCAAUAGUGCUACUAGUUGUGUUGUACGUCUGUUUCGCGUCUUCAUAUUUGUCCUCUAUCAAUGCAUUACGUUGUAUCAUCUAU